AUGGCAUCAUGUAAUGAUUCUAAUGGUGGUGAUAACUUGUCUGAGUGGGCCUACAAACUAGUAUCAGAAGCAGUGAAUGAGCUUAGAGGGUUACAUUCAUCUGUUAAUAUAAAGCCAACAAUAUUAGUUCUGGACUACGAGGUGCAGAUGCUUCCUUGGGAGAAGUUACCAAUCCUUAGAAACCAGGAGGUGUAUCGCAUGCCCUCUGUUGCGAGCAUUUUGGCAACAGCCAAUAGAAACUACCAGAAUCAAGAUCAACUUCAGAGUAUACCGACCCCCUUAUUUCCUUGGAUUGAUCCCUUGGAUGCCUUUUAUCUUCUGAAUCCCAGUGGUGAUCUAAAUUAUACGCAAAAUGAAUUUGAGACAUGGUUCAGAGAUCAAAACUUGGAGGGGAAGGCUGGAUGUGCACCUCCUGCUGAAGAAUUGGCAGUAGCGUUGAAAAGCCAUGAUCUAUUUAUGUAUUUUGGCCAUGGAUGUGGGACACAAUAUAUUCCUAGACGUGAGAUUCAGAAACUGGAACGCUGUGCCGCAACUCUCCUGAUGGGAUGUAGUAGUGGUUCUCUGAAACUGAAUGGAUGUUAUGUUCCACAAGGUACUCCAUUAUCCUAUUUGCUGGCCGGUUCUCCUGUCAAUGUCGCCAAUUUGUGGGAUGUGACGGACAGGGAUAUUGACCGAUUUGCAAAGUCCAUGCUUGAUUCUUGGUUGAAAGCAAGGUCUAGUCCCUGUGUUGGUUGUGCCCAAUGCAACAAAAACCUGUCUUGUGAGCAUAGGCCGACGGUUGGAUCAUUCAUGAGUGAAGCACGUAAAACUUGCCAGUUACCUUUCCUGAUUGGAGCAGCCCCUGUAUGCUAUGGUGUCCCAACUGGCAUAUGGAAAAAAGAGUUAUAG